AGGGGGGGCCCAUAACUACUACCAACAACAUUUGUAUUUAUAUAUCAAUCAACUCUAGGGACUUCUCUCCAUUUCGCUAGUGGCCAAUAUCCUAUCCUCGCUGUUGUUGAGCUGUGUGCUGUGCUAAAACGUAUCUUACUUACACAGCGUAUCUCGCUUCUCGCUCGCUCGCUCGCUGACACAGUGACUGGUAGUCAUAGCGUCAGCGUAGAUCCCUCCGCGACUCUCAUACUCCACUUGUUCCCCUUUUGUUCUCUCCCAAAUCUCUCUGCAGGCUUGGUCAUGGUUAGGUCGCCAUAGAAUUUCCAACUUCCUUAUAUCUCUAAAUCAAAGGGCGCGUUUGCGCGCCCCAAAGCAUACCAAAAUUAUCGGCUAUCUGGCAUCAUGGCGGGAAUGGAAGAGUUGGAGAUUCAUAGUAAAUCUUAUCUUGUACGCUGGAUCAACGUCAGAUCCGAACAUACCAUAUCCUGGAGCAUUCAACCCCAUAAGAAGUCCCUCAAUUUUGGGAUCUUCAAACAUCCCGGCCCAUCCGGAAAUGUCGCGGGCAGCCACAACAGCUCGGAGUCUACUACCAAUGAGUUUAGUGAAUCGAAUAAGGAGAACAACAAAAAUGUCAAUUCCUCGUCUGUGGUCACGGAGAAACUUCGAAGUUUAGGUCUGAAGCCCAUCCAGUGGAUUGGCAAAUGCGAAGCGGAUAAAAUCUCUCAGGGAACCUAUGACGUUAACCAGAACGAAGGAGGGAAUUAUGCUCUUGUAUUCGACAAUACCUUCUCGAAACAAAUCUCGAAAACUGCAACUUUUGUCCUUCUGACCUAUCCCUCCCAUGCUCCUCCGCAUUCGGGUCACCAGGUUCACCAUUCACAAGCUACAGGGACAGUCGUUGGAAAUCUCCAGGCGCGCCCGAGCCCCGCAUUACACCCGACGGCGUUAGACUCGACAGAGUCAUUGCGACCUGGCCGUGCCCGGGCCAAUAGCAAAAUUCCUCCUCCUAGCGCGGACUCUUCCAAAAGCUUCCCAUUAACUGUACACGCUGGGAUUCUCCAGAAGAGAAGGAGAAAGCGUCACCAGGGAUACGCACGUCGUUUUUUCUCCCUCAAUUUUACAUCGUCAACUUUAUCCUACUAUCACGAUCGUAAUUCGUCGGCCCUCCGCGGCGCCAUACCUUUGAACCUAGCGGUUAUUGCGACCAAUCAAAAGACUAGAGAAAUAUCUAUUGAUUCUGGAGUGGAGAUCUGGCAUCUCCGAGCCUCCAAUGACUCUGACUUUUUAGCAUGGAAGCGCGCUUUGGAAAAAGCUUCUCAAAACCAAGAAAGCAGCCUGUCGGAAUCCCACCCGAAAACACGCCCCCAGCUGGGAAAGCCUUCUAGCACUGUUGUGAAUGAUGUCCGAGAAUGGGAGGAGGUGGAAGCCCUAGUUGAGAAAGUAUCUAACACAAGAGAUAUGGUGCGUCGUUUGGCAAAAGAUACAGACCCUAAGUAUUUAGGAACCCCUAUUGAGCGUCGGGAACGCUCACAGAGCCCAUCUACUGCUAAAAAGUCUACUCCCUCCCAAACGGGAAGUAGUGUGGAUGAAGCGGUGGAGAAUAGAGAGAAGAGGUCUUUCUGGAAACUGAAACCUCGGGAUAUCAGCCACACCCCCAAUCCAGCUGGGAAACGUAAUAUUUCUCCACAAACCACAAUUCCACCGUCGAAUGCGAAUGUUCCUCCCAACGCGAAACCUCAUGGCGAGGUGAGCAAGACUCCCGAACAGAGUGUACAUGACGAUUUGAUGAUAAUACUCCAAGAACUUAAUUAUGUUGUGUCAGAAUUUUCGACUCUUAUGCUGGAUAAAAAACAGAAGGCCGCAACCAAAAGUUGCCACAUCAAAACCCGCCCAAGUUUUGAGUCCGAGGCAUCACAGGAAUUCUUCGAUGCUACGGACGGAAAUAUCUCCCCGCUACUUACCAUUCAACGAGACAGCGACGAUGAGUAUGAGAGGAGUGAAUCUCCUGUGACGGCUGAUGGAGAUGAUGAGUCCCUCUCUGGUAGCGAGAUGGACGAAGGUGACACUUUCACGAGUAACGGGUUCAGACUGGAUAACUCCUCAUCUCUGUUCCCAGCCAAGCCUAGAUCACUUGCGCCAUUGCCCCUUGAUAUUAAAGUCGUACGGAGAACCCAAAUACCACCACCAGCUAUGCCGCCACCAAGUUUGAUAAGCUUUCUUCGCAGGAACGUUGGCAAGGAUCUGUCAACCAUUUCCAUGCCGGUUUCUGCCAAUGAACCCAUGUCCCUUCUUCAGCGCGCAGCCGAGCAAUUCGAAUAUUCCCAACUUCUCGACAAUGCCGCAAGCGCCACUGAUGGCCUGGAGCGUCUAAUCUAUGUGACAGCAUUUGCCCUCUCACCGCUCUCCAACGCGAGAGUCAAGGAACGCGCCAUCCGCAAGCCUUUCAAUCCCAUGCUGGGCGAAACCUUUGAACUUAUCCGCGAAGACCGCGGUUUCCGUUUCAUCGCCGAAAAGGUCUCUCACCGGCCCGUUCAACUCGCCUACCAAGCAGAUUCCAAAGAUUGGAGCUUCACCCAAUCGCCCAAACCCACACAAAAAUUCUGGGGCAAGUCGGCUGAGAUAAUUACGGAUGGCAAAGCCCGCCUGACUCUGCACUCUAACGGCGAACAUUUCAGCUGGUCCCCCGCAACAUGUUUCCUUCGUAACAUCAUCGCAGGCGAAAAAUAUGUCGAGCCCGUCGGCCAGAUGUGCGUUCUCAACGAAACUACAGGCCAAAAGACAAUCGCAACCUUCAAAACUGGCGGCGUGUUCUCAGGCCGCAGCGAAGAAGUUUCCGUUAAAGCCUUUGACACGCAUGGCGGGGAGCUACCCCUAGGCCUCCAGGGGUCCUGGACCUCCUCCCUUCAACUGACGGAACAUGGUGUGGAGACAAACAAGACCAUCUGGGCUGCUGGCCCGCUCGUCGCUAAACCUACGAAGAAUUAUGGAUACACAUCCUUCGCUGCUUCGCUGAAUGAAAUCACUGAUAUCGAGAAAGGGAAAAUCCCUGUUACGGACAGCCGGCUACGGCCGGACCAGCUAGCACUGGAGGAGGGGGAUGUAGACCACGCAGAACACCUCAAGACGGAGUUGGAGGAGAGACAGCGGGAAAGGAGGAGGGAGAUGGAGGAGAGAGGGGAACAUUGGAGGCCUAGGUGGUUUGUGGAGGUUGUCGGGGAGGGUGAUGGGGCUGCUGAAGACGAGACUGUUUGGAAGAUGAAAACAGGAAAGGAUGGGUAUUGGGAGGAGAGGGCAAGGGGAGAGUGGACGGGAAUUGUGCCAGUGUUUAAGUUAUAGAACUUUAUAUUAUCUGUCGGAAUAGAUAGGGGUUUGUUUGGGCGGUUCAAGAAGCGCGCUAGUUGUCCAUGACUCUGUAGAAUUUCUAGUUGUUGAUACACCCUAUGUACUAGUUUUUUUCCUGAGAGACUAGUUAUUUAAACUCCUGUUGUUUUACUUUUUUAUUUUUGAAGUAGAUAGAUAGUAUAAAUACUGUGUACGAGGGAGCAAUACAAAAUUAACGCUUAAAGGAUAGAUAGGCUUGGAUCUCCGUUUUGGAUCAGAUUAGUAGAUCUCAUUUAUUACCAAGUCGUAUCCUAUGAUUACCUCCCUAACGCCGCAUUAACAACUCUCUUCGCCUUCUCACCGCCCAGAUAAUCUCUGCCCUCCCUCCCCUCUCCAUCUUCCUCUUCAUCCCCUACUUCCAAUUCAAUUUCCAAACUCGCACGAUACGCCUUCAUAACCGUGUCUUCAUCAACCUUAACUCCACCCUCCACAAGCACCCGAAUGCACCCGCAUAGCCGUGCAAUCUCCCUCCUCGUGGCCAAUCCAAUUUCAUCAUUCUGACUCGAGUAUAUGGCACUACUGACCAUCUCCUCCAAGCGCGUAAUUGACACAUCUCCACCAGCGGCACCACCCACAGCCCCAUCACCAACAUGUUUCGAAAUCCAAAUAUACCCAUUAACCCCCAGUACAACAUCAAUUUCCC